GUUGCUAGGGACGCCAUGGACGCUACCAAGAGGCCUCUCUAUAUCCCUCCGCAGAUGGGGCUGUACGCGGAAAAGCACCGUCUUUUCGAAAUAAUGCAGGAUUUGCUGGGAGGUUUGUUAAUCCACCGGCCAGAGAACCCGCUUGACUUCUUGAUAAGGCAGUUAAAAUUCAGCAACUGUGAUGCUCCAAGGAUCUUUUUGCUUGGUCCUCCAGCCGCUGGGAAAACUACGAUUGCAAUGUGGCUGAGUAAACAAUUGAUAAUCCCCCGGAUAUCCCGGGAGAAUUUGUUAACCAAUGAGUGGUCAGCACUAGCAAGCGAAGUGCAACACCAUCAGGAGAGAAAAGAGGCAAUCCCUGAAGUUCUGUGGGCCAAACUGAUUGAGGAACGCCUGCAGCUUGAAGACUGUCUCUGCAGUGGUUGGAUUCUUGAAGGCCUUCCGGACACCCGGGAACUCUCCAGGUCCUUGCAAGUGAUGGGCAUCCUUCCUAGACACGUCGUGGUGCUCCACGCUCCCGACAUCGUGCUGAUUGAACGGAAUCUAGGGAAGAGAGUGGAUGAGACCACAGGAGAGGUGUAUCAUACGACCUUUGAUUGGCCCACGGAUGAGACCAUACGUUGGCGUUUGAAGGCACCCGAAGGCAUAUCUGAAAAAGAGACCUUGCAGAGGUUGCUGGAAUAUCAUCGAAACCUCCCAGGAAUAAUCCAGUCCUUUGGGAAAUCCAUGAAGUUAAUCAAUGCAGACCAGCCGUGUGCGGAUGUCUUCUCCCAAGUUCUGUCACAUGUCCGACUUCCACCUCGAAGCAAUGCCCCAUUUUCACCCCGGAUUCUUCUCUGUGGACCUCCAGGAUCUGGAAAAAGUUUGCAGGCAGCCUUAAUAGCUCAGAAAUACGGCCUCAUCAAUGUUUGCUGCGGGCGAAUGUUUAAGGAAGCUGUAGCCAGUGGUACCCGACUCGGAGAAUUAAUUAAGUCGUACACUGACAGCGGAUGGCCAGUGCCUGACAAAAUUGUCAUAAAACUCCUGUCGAAACGGAUGAACAGGCUGGAUUGCUACAUCCGAGGAUGGGUGCUCCAUGGUUUCCCAAGGGAUGAAGACCAAGCGAAACUCAUGCCAGAUGCUGGUAUUUUUCCAAACAGGGUUUUUUUCCUGACCGUCUCAGCUGAAAUUAUUCUGGAGCGCCUUUCCUACCACAUGUUGGAUCCGAUCAGCGGUGAAAGGUAUCACUCCCUGUAUAAGCCUGCCAUUACCAGGGAGGUCAACGACCGUCUCCUGAUUAAUCCAAAAGAUAUGGAGGAAACCAUCAAGAGCAAAGUGGAAAUGUAUUUCCGGCUUUCCAAAGGCCUGGAAGAAUCCUUCGAAGACGCGAUUUUUAUCAACGGCGAUCAAGACCCCCAGACGGUCUUUGAGUACAUAGAGAGUUAUGUGAUCAAUACGCUCCCAGUCAAAGAGAUCUGGAACCUGUAGUAUCUCAGCCUCCCUAGUAAGGAAGCUGAAGCAAACUCUCCAUCUAAGAACAGCUGAAAGAAAAAAAAAUGAGUAACUUGAGCUUUCCUAAGUAGGGAAGUCAAGCAAAGCCAUAAAAAUAGCGGGAAGUUCUCAAAACUUUGCAAAUAGAAAGUUGAUUUUCUUUCCCUUCCUGUGUGAAAAGACCAGCUAGCUCCUUUUCACGAAACCCUCAUGUGAUCCUGCUUAAAAAAUGAUAUUUGGAGGAGAGGUACACCUUUUGAAGGGCAGAUGAUGUGUCCCUUUCCCCAAAUAAUUUAUGAUCUGUUUAUCCCUUUGUUCUUCCCAAGGGAAAUUUUAAAAGUUAAUAUUUGGAUUGUUAUGUAGGCAGAAAUUUGGAUGAGCCCAAACUGUUUGGGUGGGAGGAAACUGUUAACUUCUACUUUGCCCUCCCCUGUGAUUGCUGAAAAUCUGAUUCCCUUCCACCCGAUUCCUUUGUUUGGUUUAAACUGUGCAGAUAACACUAUUAAAAGCUUUUUGAACUGUU